AAAUGAAGAGAGGGGUGAGAUGGCCUGAUAAACAUUUAUGUGCUGUGGUGGAACCGUUCAUUAAUAGAAGAUGCGUCCACCACGACAAGAUAAACCAAGUGAUCGUCACUGAUUAAUACGGUGCAGAUCAUCAAAUCACUGCGGUCGGAUGCAUGCAUUGCCUCCUCCUCCUUCUUCUUUCUUCUUUUUCAGUUUUAUUUCUACUGGUUAAAGCAGCUUCCGUUUGUUUCUCGGGCAAUUUAUUUUGUGAAGAUUAUAAUCUAAUCUGAGUACAGGAUCUUUCUCGAGAAAAAAUUUCUACGCACUUUCGCUAUAUUGCAUCUCGUGGAGCAGUUUUUUUUUUCUUUUUCAAGGCCAUGUCUGCCUUGAAUUCUUCAUUCUCAUACACCGAUAAUUCGAUGCAAAGAAGGCAGUUUCAAAUCGAGCGCAGACCUCGAAUGCUGAAAGAUUUCCUUAUAGACGAUUCGAAUUCAUGUUCGUCAAACGGAUUCAAAUCCUUUCCUCGCAAAGCGAGCCACUGUACCGUACGGAACCUUCUCGAGUGCGAUGGCGGAGAAAGAGGAUCAAAUUCAAACAAUAAAAGUACAUUUCUCAGAAGCCGAUCCACGGCAGCGGCGACGACAAUCUCGGCGUUUCAGAAGGCUUCGGAGAUCGUGAUCAACGCCGUUAAGUCGCCGUCGUUUUUACAAAGAAGCCUGAAACGGAGGUUUUGGAGGAGGAAUAGUACCGAGGAGGGGGGGAUGACGGUAACAGUUAUUAGAGUCAAGGAUAUUGUGCGGAUGAGAUCGUUCCGAGACGUGAUCGAGGAGAAAUCAGCACCGUCGGAUUCAACGGGGUCCAUCACCACCACCGCCACAACCAGUAGUAACGGUUCUAGCUGGUGCGGGAGUGAUUUUACAGCGGAUUAUGUGCAGUCGUGGAGCGGCAACUCCGAGGAGUACUCAGGUGCGAAUGCGGUCAAAGUGGGAGAAAAGUAUUUACCAGGUGUCGGCGACGGUAAUGCAAAUACGACAACGAGGACGACAAUGAGCAUCGAUGCGGUGGGCCCCAAGGAAGAGUUACGAUGUGAGGAGAAAGAGCAGCACAGCCCUGUUUCAGUACUUGAUUGUCCCUUCACUGAAGAUGCAGAGCCAUUCUCCUUUUUCAUUCGGGAUGAAGAAGAAGAAGAAGCCGAAGAGAAGGCAAUGCAGCUACUGGAUCAAGUGAAAGCAGCGGGGUCGGUAGAAUUUAGUAAAGCCAAUUUGAAUGAUGAUCUAUUAUUAGAGUUCUUCAGAGAUGAAUUGAUGAAAAAAAGCAGAGGAAAUCAAACCGUGGAUAAGGAAGUAGAUGCCGAGAUAUUGAAGAUAGCAGAAGCUUGGUUGAAGGGAGAGUUUGAAUGGGGCGUGGAGACUGAGAAGGAGGCUUGUAUUAGAGAUAUGGAGAGGGGAGGGAGGUGGCGAAAGUUUGAGGAGGAAGAGGAAGAAAUGGCUUUGGAGCUGGAGGUCUUAGUGUUUGAAAUUUUGGAGGAUGAGCUUUUGGGUGAUUUGUUUGUAAAUUAGACAAAUAACAGGGGCAUUUUUGGAAAAAGCUUCAAAAGGUGGCUGACCGCCACCCAAGUUCACGGAAGUGGGCGACGGUGCAGCUUCGGUUGAAAGCUUGAAAUCUGGAAGAUUGUUGAGGGAGGGAGGUGGUCAUGUGCAUGAAAUGACCAACACACCCUCGAUGCAAAGUGCAGUAAAGAUUUUACCAAUAUGGGCUGGGCGCGGGCUGUGUUGGAAUGUAAAUGGGCUUUUGAAUUUUGUAGGGAUAUGAAUGGGCCUUAUCCACCGACAGUGGCCUUGAGUUCAGCACUAGUUUUCAUUGCCUUAUUGACAAAAAUACCACAUAUUUUCAUUUUUAUUUACAUCGACUA